AUGGUUCUGUCAUUUACACACGGUAUCAUUUUGGGUUUUGCAGCUGGAUUUAUUCUUGUACUUGUUAUUUUAAAUGAAUCCUCCUACUCCUUAUCAUUCGUGUCUCGUUUUACAAAAAUCAACCUGUAUCAACGCUCAAAUAUACGUCGAAUGAUCAAUACUUCAUAUGACGACAAUCAAGUUUUUGUAUUUCCUGACGAAUGUCCCCUUGUUCGUGCCUAUCUCGAUGUUGUUCGUGAUACUGUGUGCGGCUUAGCUCUUCGCACGCGUGAACAUACUUUUGGUUACGAUAAUCAAAUACAUCCAAUGGAUAUCAACCAACGAAUAAAAGGUUUAGAUUGGCCUUUAAUUGGUGUUACUAUGAUCGGACAAAAGCGAUUGAUAAAUAUCGAAUGGGCGUUAAGAUUCGUUAUUGCAAAUGAAGUUUCGGGUGAUUUUAUUGAAUGCGGCGUUUGGAGAGGUGGAAGUUCAAUAUUUGCUCGCGCUGUACUAAAAGCAUUAAAUAAUAAGGAUAAACAUGUAUGGUUAGCUGACUCAUUUCAAGGACUACCAAAAGCGCGAACGAAGAAUGAUAAUGAUAAUUGGUCCAAGAUGGAAUAUUUGAAGGUCUCACUUGAAGAAGUUCAAGAGAAUUUUCGUUCAUUUAAUUUACUGGAUAAUCAUGUUCAUUUUUGUAAAGGAUACUUUGUUGAUUCACUUCCUCGCUGUAAUAUUUCUCAAAUAGCUGUUCUUCGAAUGGAUGGUGAUAUGUACGAAUCAACUAUGGAUCAACUAUUCAAUUUAUACUCGAAAUUGCAGCUUGGUGGUGUUAUUAUCAUAGAUGACUAUGCAAUUACAGAAUGUAAACGAGCUAUACAUGAUUUUCGUAGUUGGCAUAAUAUAACAGAUAAGAUUCAAUUGAUCCCGGGUGAUCAGAUAGGUCGUUACUGGAUAAAAGGCCAAAACAUUGAAGUACAAAGAAAUCGAUAUAUACCACUAAUAUCCUCAACGAAACAUUAUACUCAAUGA